AUGGAGAGAGAGGGAGAAAAUCUGAGAAAAUCCUGGCAUGAAGAAGUAGACAACAUUUUCAACUCACUACAAUCAAGCAUUAGGAAAAUGAAGGAUAGAAGACUCUCAGCUCUCAGCUCACACCAGUCAAUACUUCAGGAUUCAGGGUCAAAAUUAGCACGGAUAACAAAAGAAAACAAGAAAAUCCUCAAGUCAAAUAAAGUUUCUGAUGUUGCAAGCUACAAAUCAGAACUAAAGAAUUUCAGAGACAUUCCUACAGAUGUUGAUGUGAAGAUUCCUUCUUUAAACAGCAACACAGUCCAGGGGAGAGAACUCAGCAUAGAAGUAGGAGAAUACAAGGCUACACUGACACAGACAUCACUAUGCAGUCUAACAGAUGAAGUCUCCAUUUUAUCUGUGAGAAAAUUAUUGGACAAAGCCAAAGUUAUUGCAAGCAUUCCUUCAGGAAUAAAGCCUUUAAGUGCCAUUAUCUGUCUUGGAACCAAUGAAGCUUGGUUUCACAGUGAAGACAAAUUCAUUAGACGUAUUGACGGACGUGGGUCUUUGAAGGAAAAGAUCAACACCAAAUGUGAACCUUAUCCAGGUGACAUAUCAGUGACCAGGCAGGGAGAACUGAUUUACAGUGAUUACUACAGCAGAACAGUGAACAUUGUUAGACAGGGGAGGAUAGAGACACUGAUGACUCUACCUCAGGGAUGGGUUCCACAGGGACUGUGUUGUACCAGAUCAGGAGACUUAUUAGUUAGUAUGUGUACCCUUGAUGGAAGUCAUUACAAAAUAGUCUGCUAUCAGGGACAGGCAGCAACACAAGAAAUAGAUAAAAAUGACCAUGGGCAAAAUAUAUUUAAAGGUGGAGAAUCAGGGGUUUAUUUAGAGGAAAAUUACAAUGGAGAAAUUUGUGCCUCUGAUAUGGAUUCUGAUACAGUGAUAGUGAUGAACAAGACAGGAAAUGUUCAAUUUUUUUAUGAUGGUACACCAGCAAAGAGGAACAAUUCAUUCCAACCUAUCUACAUUGCUACAAAUUCACUGUGCCAGAUCAUUAUUUCUGAUAAUAAAAAUGACUGUCUUCAUAUCUUACAUCAGAAUGGAGAGUUUCUAAGAUGCAUUGACAACUGUGAAUUUCUGAGACCUACUGGGCUGAGUGUGGACAGUGAGGGGAGGUUGUGGGUAGGGUGUCAAGAAUCAGGUGAAAUAAAAGUGAUCCAGUACAUGGAGUAA